AUGACUUCGAGCAACUUGUCUCAUGGCAUCAUAUCUAUCCUCCUCUUGGCCGUUGCUGCAUCUGCACAAGAAUCUGGAAGGUGGAGGUAUGGUGCCAUCAGCUGGAAACGAAAGUUCCCGACAAACUCGUCCUCAAGGAUGGUGACAUUCACCGUGGAGAGUGCAUGGCGACUGUCCCACGGGUCGAUAGUCGUGUUCGGAACGCAGAACAAACCUUCAACGGCUGGAGAAAUCAUGAAGAUCACCGGAGUUGACGGGCAAGAUCCGAUCCUUUCCUUUGGCGAUGGGAACAUGACCGCGAAGUUCGAUGUCGAAGUUCUUCGUGUCGAUCCCAUUCAGGACAUGGUGGUGGGAGUGACUAACAUUGACUGGGAGUACGGACCCGGAGGACCCUGGCUGGCCAACUUGACAUUGUGUUGUCGAGUCGCGGGCAAUCAGAAUGCGAACAAAGGGGUUCUGCUCACCACAAAGGUCGACCUGAGCAGCGCUGACAUGAUCGGCUCUCCGUACGUGCGCAUGAUGCCUCUGGUUUCUGUGAGAUUGAGCGAACCAACUGUGCAGCAAUUUCUGAUCCCAGCGGCAAGUGCGAGAGGCUUUGCAGAGCACGAUUCGUUAUCCUGGUCCAUGAUGCCUGCUUCCUACUACAAUGCGCUCUACAAUGUGGCGCCAAACACGACGAUCGUGCAAGUCGAUGCCAUGACCGGGAUGGUCAGUUUCGAUGUGUCCUGUUUCAAAACCACCUGCACGGAUGACGUCGAGGUUGUGUUUGUUGUUCAAGACACACAAUCGAAUUCCUUUUGCACUGUCGACGUCAUCGUACACGUGCAAAGGAACACGCAAGUUGGGCCUACGAUCCUGUUGAAUGGGCCGCCCAAUACUCCGAUGCAGCAGGGAGAAGCGUUUUCAAACCAGACACUGAUGCCUGCCAUCGUCGGCUUCGAGGAGUUCCCACUGAAGCUGACCUUCUCAGCGACUGACCCGGACUUCACCAAGAUUCUCUACUUUGAGUUCAACACUCUGCCACUGGGAGCCACGGCAGAUGCGAAGAUUGGAAGCAACCCGGCCUACAGGACGAUCACAUGGACGCCCUUGAAGGGGAGGGCUGGCGAUUACUACAUCUGCGGCGUCGCAUUGAACAUGGACCCAAGCAGUGUUUGCACGUGCAACCCCCCCGUGUCUCCUUGCAUACCAACCUGCCCCAACCACAUCAGAACACUCCCAACUUGCUUCCAUAUCAACAUCAAGCCCAACGCUCCUCCCUCGUUCGUUCUGCCAGCAAUGUCGAACGCGUCUUAUAUCAAUAUCAGAGCUGUAAAUGAGAACGUGCUUGACCCAGUCAUUAUAACGGCGCCAGUUGUCCUCCCAAUUGGAGCUUCGCUAGCCCCCAUUCUAGGAGAUUCUCAAGCGAUUUGCUUCCGAGCCGUGAACUCUAUCAGCGACGUCUCCUCGGAAGCAUGCGUUCAAGUUGCCGUCAACAGAUGCUCAUGGUCAGUUAACCAAGGACAGACCCUUGCAGAAAUCGCCACUAUCUUCGGCAGCAACUUCGUGCAGCCGGGAACGUCGAUCAGCGUCGGCCAUCUCUACACGGUCAGGUCCACCGACAACAUCCGAUACCUCAACGUCCAGUUCGCCACCACAAGAGCGACUAUCGAGCUCCUGAACUUCGACUUGAAGGCAGCAAUCUCUGCCUUGAGUCAGCCGCUCGGCGACAAGGACCCUCUCGCCUUCUGGUCAGGACGUCAAGUCUGCAUUUUACCGCACUCGUGUGUAGAUACUCUAGGCAAAGCUGCCUAA